UACCAAGACACGGAAAAGCAGGGGAGGGAGAGAGAGAAAGGGGCUGGUGGAGGAAGAGGAGCGGGGAGUGGGUGAGAACAGGGGGAAUAACACUUGAAGGAAAGCGCACGGAGGAGAGGAAGGACAGUAACCGGUGCCGCGGACAUCCCCUCCGUUCUUCUCCCAGGCUGUCACACCACACCGGACUCCGGAGGAGCCGACAGCGCGUCCGCCCCAGACCCCAUGGGGUAACAGCAGACAACUGGAGGAGAGGCUUCUGUUCGGCUACACAGAUGAACAACAGGAAGGAGGACAUGGAGAUCUCCUCUCACUACCGUCAGCUCCUCAGAGAGCUCAAUGAGCAGAGGCAGCACGGCAUCCUCUGCGACGCCUGCGUCAUUGUGGACGGAAAGAUCUUCAAGGCCCACAAGAACGUCCUCCUGGGCUCCUCACGCUACUUCAAGACUCUUUACUGCCAGGUUAAAAAAGGGGCAGAGCCUCACCACCAGACCACUGUCACUCACCUGGACAUCGUCACGGCAACAGGUUUCAAAGCCAUCCUGGACUUUAUGUACUCGGCGCACCUCGCCCUCACCAGUAAGAACGUGAUCGAGGUCAUGUCCGCCGCCAGCUAUCUGCAGAUGACAGACAUUGUCCAGGCCUGCCACAGCUUCAUCAAGGCUGCGCUGGACAUCAGCAUCCGCUCCGAGAUGGCUGACGAACUGGCUGACUUUGAAAUGGGAACUGUCACCGCUGCCGGCAUAGGCGGAGGAGGUGGUGGAGGUGGAGGAGGAGGAGUGGGUAUGGCGGGGACGGGGAGUGUUCCCGGAGCGGGUUUGGGUGGCGGGGGAGGAGGGGGGAUCGUGGGCAUGGCUUCCGAAGCCCUGGCCUCCAUCAUGUCUGGUCGCAGCACCUCCCCUUGGCUGGCGCGGCGCACCAGCCCAGCCAACUCUUCUGGGGACUCGGCCAUCGCCAGCUGCCACGAGGGAGGCAGCACGUAUGGCAAGGAGGACCAAGAACCACCCAAGAGCCACGAGAGCCAGGAGGAAGCCUGCCACGACUCCCAGCCCGCCUGGCCGCAUGACUACAGGCCUGUCACCGUCAAAGAGGAACAGGUGUCUCCCACCUCCUCCUCCCAUCCCCGCGACACUCCCAAGGGGACAGCCCAGAGCCAGGGGGAGCAAGGGACUAGGGGUGCUGCAGGAGGAGGCGGAGAGGGGCCCUGGCAACCCCUAUCAGGGUCAGGGCGGAGGAAGAACAGGAAGAACAAGGACACAGUCAGACACAUUACCCAGCAGGCUGAGAGGAACUGGGACAGAGAGCGGGACAGGGAGAGAGACAGGGACAGUAGGCCUGGAUCUCCUCUGCCCUCCAUGCUGGCUGUGGCUGGAUGGAACUACAAUGGACAGGACAUCCCAGGGGCAGACGUGACCGAACCCAACAGCUCAGACAGCCGCGGCGAGCGCCUCGACUUCUUCCUCAAACAGGAGGAGGCUCUGGCCACGGAGCCCGGCUUCAUGGGUACCAACGAAUCGGAGGAGCCCGGGGGACGAGGCGGGGGUGGGACCAUCUCAUCCGUGGCCAAUCUGAAGGCGGCGCUGAUGAGUAAGAACAGCCUGCUGUCCCUGCGGGCGGAGAUGAUGGGCGAUGAUAACCCCUUGCUCUACGAGUACCUGCCCAAAGGAGCACACUCCCUGUCGUGGCUCCGCUCCAACAACUACUGCAGCACGCUCCGGCCAGGGGCCACAGGGGCCACUAUUCAUAACAAACAGGGGGCUGGCUCCUCUCCUCCUCCUCCUCCUCCUCCUCCUCCGCCUCCUCUUCUUCCUCCUCAUCUUCCAAAACCACCACUACCGCCAUCAUCAUCGUCAUCAUCGUCAUCAUCGUCGUCAUCAACAUUGGCAUACUGCCCGCCCACUCCACCCACACCACUGCCCCCCUCCGAGCCGCGGCCCCUGGAGGCCCCCGGUCUGCGGGCUGGGGCAUCCCCGCUGCACACAGAAGGAUUGGACGUGGAAGUGGAAGACGCUCCUCGGGGCCCGGAGCCCUCCACCUUGCCUGAGGAGGCCAUGAACGACGAGGAGGACAUGAAAGAGUACAGCACGGCCUUGGAAUGUGACCAGUCUCCUGACGAGAGUGAUCAGAUGGGCGACGGGAGCUGUGCUGGUGGCCUGACCAUGCCUGCGUCAGUGUCCGUGGCUGGCAGAGGGACUAAAGGGCUGAUGGUGCUGGUGAAUGACUUCACAGUGAUCCGUAAAAAGUUCAAGUGCCCCUACUGCAGCUUCUCGGCUAUGCACCAGUGCAUCCUAAAGAGGCACAUGCGCUCCCACACCGGUGAGAGGCCCUACCCCUGUGAGAUCUGUGGCAAGAAGUUCACCAGAAGGGAGCACAUGAAGAGGCACACGCUGGUCCACAGCAAAGACAAGAAGUAUGUAUGCAAAGUGUGCAGCCGAGUCUUCAUGUCGGCAGCCAGCGUCGGAAUCAAACACGGCUCCCGUCGCCACGGCGUCUGCGCCGACUGCUCCGGCCGCGGCAUGGCCGCGCUGCUGGACCACAACGGGGAGGUGGGCGGGGACAUUUCCCCGGAGGAGGAGCUGUAUCCCGGUGAUCGUUUCCACGACGACCAGGCGGAGUGCGACGGAGAUGGGGAGGAGGAGAUGCUGGCGGAAGGGGACGGGGAGAUGAUGGGAGAAGGGGAGGAGGAAGGGGACAAGUGGAAGGACACGGGGAUGAGCACCGAGGCAGACGGAGCACUGGACAAUGAGAAGGAGGAGAGCGACUCCUCGGCACACGAGGGGGAGCAGCAGAACGGCAGCGAGAGGGACUUCACCUGGAUCUCCUAGAGCCAGCCCGGCUCCUGCCAGUUGGCCCGUCGACCAAUCUCUGGAGAUCGCCUGCGAUCUGUUGGGCAGAAAUCAGUGCUCUCUUUACCCGUUCGUCCCACGGCGGGCAGGCCCUUCCUUUGACCGGAAGUGCCGUAGGGGUGAUGCGCGACAAUGAUCUAAAACCAUUACGAGUAACAUGCUGAAAUGCACACGCACACACACGCACACACACACACACGCACACACACACACGCACACACACACGCAGAGACAUAUACACAUUCACACUCUCAACCUUGGCUGCCACGGUAGAAGAGAUGGCUCAAGUGCGAGGCUUUUUCCGCUUACCUCCUUUACUUCUGAUGCAGUGUUUUUUUUUUGUGUUCCUUGUUUUUGUGUCUCGAGGGUUCAGGCCAGAGUCCGGUAGUUUUUUUCUACUCCACUGUCCCAGCAGCAAUCGAUGAGGACGCUGCCGAUGCACGCGGCCAGUGCCAGACUUGCAACUUUGUAUGUUUUGCCAUCACAAUCACCACGGCAACCGCGGAUCACUGACGGUGUAGGGGAAAAGGCCAGGAGGAGGGGUUGGGGUUGGGGUUGGGAUGGGGGUGUCUGUGAUCCCCGUAGUGUCUCUCUCUCUCUCUCUCUCUCUCUCUCUCUCUCUCUCUCCGACUGAAGGGAGAAGUCUGUAUCUAUUGCAAAGCUACGCGUGUCAGAGGACCGCGCGCUGAUGCAGAGUCCUACUGCCACAGACUUGCACUUUAACGACAACUGACUCGUAUCAAAGCCCUGAACCCGUGGUUUACAUUUUUGGAUCCGAUCUUUACGUACCUACACAACUCGGUGACCGCACCUACCUUUAAGGAUAUACUUCAUGUCCUCUUGACUGUUAUCCACCAUAUAGAGAUCACUGGAUCUUUGUGCAGAUUGCUGUUUAUAUGGCCUACGCCUUUCAGUGGGGUCCUUCAUCUUUUCUUCACUUGCGCUCACCGCAACGGUUUCUUAUCGAUUCAUUCCAACAAAUACUGGACACAUGUACAUACAGUAUGUGAUGUUGUGCAGGGGGGGGGGGGUUAAAAAGGGGAAUGACGUGUGCACACAAUGGAUCCACGUGAACCUCCACUGGGGACUUUGUUCCGUCUCUCACGCUGGAGGUUGUGACGUCAGGACCCGAGAGCCUCUCACAAGCCUUUGUUUAUGUUUUGUUUCUGUUUUUUUCCCUUGGUCACGUAAUUCCAGUUUUCUGAACACAGACCACGCAGACUCGUAUCUUUCUUUUGGUGAUAGAUUGUCUCCGGCGUUUGUGAGGUUUAAAAGAAUAUGAUUGAAAUUGUGCUUGAAGUUCAGAGUUUGCUAUUUGUAGAGAGUGUAAUAUUCAUUUCGCUUUGUUUAACAGCUAUUUAUUGAAAAACCCUGUUUGUGGAUUCCUCAUUUUUGAGAAGUCAUUCCCUCGCCUGUGUGUGUGUGUGUGUGUGUGUGUGUGUGCGUGUGUGUCCAGUGUCCCAAAAAAAAGUCUAUAUUGAUUUCUUAAGAUUCUUUCCAAGUUAUUGACAAUUCAAAUGAGGCGUAUGACAUGUCUUAUUAUUAUGAUUAUCAGAACUAUGAUUACUGUUGUAAAUGUUACUAUUAUUAACUAAUAUUAUUAUUAUUAUUAUCAUUAAGUGCUGGAUGCUAAGCUUUAUUGCGUGUUUCUUUUUUUGGGAUAUUUUAUAUCUUGUAUAAGGAGAAAAAGCUUUUUAUACUUUGCCUUGUUGUGGACAGCAAGCCAUGGGGCUUUUAUCAACCUUUCAUCGUGCCAGUUUAUGCUUUUUCUGUCGUAUUUGCUUUUUUUAAUUAUUACCAUGGGGGGGGGGGUUCACAGUCAAACUUAUCUGUUAGAUAUUGAUUGAGACAUAUAUUCAGCACACGCGUUUGCAUCACUAAUGUACACUAAUUGAUUAAUAUUGAACCAAAACCAAUCUAGUACCUUGUAUACAUGAAGUGCUUUUGUUUCAGUCUGUGUGUGUGCAGGUGCUUUUUGGAUUUUUAUUCUUGUGGUUAACAUUUUUUUGAUUUUUUUUUUUUUGAAUCUGUCACUAUUUGUCACAGUUUGAAAAAUGUGCACGUUACGGUAUUAUCCUGAAUAUGAAGGGCUGCGUGAAAGGACCAGCUAGCUUUUGAAGACUGCAUCUUAAAACUAAGCUGAUUUGUAUUUUUUAACAUCCUUGUUUCUGGUAUCCACUGUCUCACGUCGUCCCGUGGACACACAAUCAAGUAGAGACGCAGCCUGCAGACGGGGAAGUGUUGAGUCUACAUUUUUCACUGGCUUGACUCUGGUUCAUUUACAGAAAGGGAAAGUAACUCUGGGAGACAUUUAGUUGUCAGUGCUGGUCGCACACAUCAGGCCUCUCUGCUGCAGGUGCCAUGGACUGCACUUCCCAUCAACCCCCCACUGAGAAAAACAGUACAGUGCGAUUUGUGAUGCUUUCUUCAAUGUCUUUAUUUGAUUGGUAUUAUUUAUUGGAUUUCAAUGUUUUAUUUGACCCAUUCAAUCAAAUAGAUUUCUUUUGAGGUGAAAAUAGAAGAAAGACAAUGGGGUAGGAUUUUUUUAUGAAUGUCAAACGGUGGGUGUGGAAGGAGCCCAUGAUCAGCGACAAAAUCUCUGUCCCGGGGUGCCGUUGUGGCCACCGAGAGACGUCUGGAUGUAUGUGUGACUGCCCCCUCCUGCGCUCUUCUCACAACCUGUACUGUAUGUCUUCUUCCUCAUACUGGGUUGUACUUCAGGAAAACGUCUGCCAUCAACCCCUCAAUAUGUGCCUCAAUGACAUUUCACCUGUGUGCUUGUGGAGAGUGCUUGCUCUUGAGAGAAUAUGUUUGUGUGUGUGUGUGUGUGUGUGUUUGUGUGUGUCGAUGGAAAGAGAUUACCGAGAUGUGACUGAUCAGAUUAGAGGUGCAAAAUGUUUUUGAGGAUAAAACUUCAACGAGACAAAUCAUGAUGGGCGACUCGAUUCUCCUUCCCACCGUGUGUUGAUGACCUUCUGUGCCCUGAUUCUGUGGUCUUAACUUGCAUGCCUGUGUUCAUUCUGUCAUACCAAAGCGACGUCUUCGGCAUCUGCACACAACCGUCUCAUUCCACAUUGAUGCAAAACUGGAACUGUAUGCUCUAUUGCAGAUGAAUAUGGGUAUUCUUAGACGUGUACAAAUCGCAAUCCUCAUUUAGCCUGUACAGCUUGAUUCACAUGUGCAAAUCAUGAAGCCAUAGAUAUGGGUAUAUCUAUAUUAUACUAUAUUUCAAAAUUUGGCGCUUUUUACUUUAGAUUUUGUUCUUCUAAGAGUGAUGUGUGUAUACCUUCAUAUAUAUGAAUUUAUAUUACUAUUAUAUAUUAUUUAUUUUCCUCUCGAGUUUCAGAGGGUCUUUGAUUUGUAAAAGGUUGCCCUUGAAGCUUUGAGGUUUGUUUAUUUUCAUUGGGAAUAUUGGUCAAUAUGAUAACUGACUUUAUAUUGAUGAUUAUCAUAAACCUGUGUUUGUAACAAAAUGUGUUAAAUAAUCAACAACAAAAAAAGAACCUGUCCUGUUUUUACACCUGUUUUGUUUUGGGCAGAUUUAAGUGCUCUUGUGCAGAUAUUUUUUUUCCGGUUGAUAGUACUGAUCACAGAACAUUUUUACCAUGAGCCUCCUGUUUUGAUGUUGGGGCGGGCCCGGCGGCCAUCGCAGCCUCUUUCUAACUUCAUGUUUAGUGGAAGAAUUAGCUUGACUAUUAUUUGCAAAAACCAAUCAGUCUCAAUAAAUUUUUAAAUUGCUGCUGUAAAGAAGUGA